AUGGUCUCCUAUAAAUUGACUUAUUUCGAUGGACGUGGAGCUGGAGAGGUCUCUCGUCAAAUUCUUGCAUAUGCAGGACAACAGUUCGAGGAUAAAAGAGUAUCUCAUGAACAAUGGCCAGCACUGAAAGAUAGUACUCCAUUUGGACAGCUUCCAGUCCUCGAAGUCGAUGGAAAACCACUUGCUCAAUCUCAUGCAAUUGCUCGUUUCCUUGCUCGCGAAUUCAAAUUGAAUGGACAGAAUGCAUGGGAAGAAGGUCAAGUGAACUCAUUGGCUGAUCAAUUCAAGGAUUAUUCAAGUGAAGCAAAAUCAUAUUUCUACGCAAAAAUGGGAUUCGGUCCAGGAGAUGUUGAAACUUUGAAGAAGGAUGUGUUCGAACCAGCAUUCAACAAAUUCUACGGUUUCUUGAGUGGUUUCCUGAAAUCUUCUGGAUCCGGCUUUCUGGUUGGAAAUUCUUUGACGUGGAUUGAUUUGGCUAUUGCUCAACAUACUGCUGACCUGGUGGCUCAAGGAGCGGACUUCGGAAAAUUCCAAGAUGUGAAAACUCAUUCAGAGAAAAUCCAAUCAAUUCCACAAAUUAAGAAGUGGAUUGAUUCCCGACCGGUCACUCCAUUCUAA